AUGACGAGAGCAGCACCAGCCCGCCGCCACGGCGAAAUCCUCACCAUCACCGAAAUCCUCGUCCGAACCACCGCAAUUUCAAGCACCCCUCAACCACUCUCCGUCCGUGUGCUCGGAACGUUAAUAGCAUACGAUUCCAACAACUCGCUGGCGCUUAUCGAGUACGGCAAGGCUCGUCUGGUGGUGGAUACCGCCCUACUCGGGCCGUUCAGGCACCGGCUGAGGACGCUGUUGCAGUUUAUUGGGGAUGUGGAGUGCGAUUGGCGGCCGCCAAACAGAGUCUCCUUUGACCCACCGAACGUGGGCGUUGUUGUGCGAGCACGAAUCGUGAGGAAUGUGGAAGGGUUAGAUGUGCGGUUGUACGAGCAGGCGAUGAAACUGAGACUAGAGUUCGGCGUAUGA